GCCACAGACCUCUCCACUUUGCGGCCCAAAAGGGCCACGUGGAGAUCCUCGAGCGGCUCUUGGCCGCGAGGGCCACGCUGGAAGCAGAGGAUAGGGACCGCCGGACGCCCUGGCAGCUUGCUAAAGAAAACAACAAGCUGGAGGCGAUGGCCUUGCUUCGUCCAGCACCUCGGUCGUUCAGCCCUGCACCGAGCGGCUCAGCAGGGCGAUGCGGCGCAGGUGCAACGCCUCAUCGAAGCUGGAGCAGAUGUCGAACUCGAGGACCAGACUGGUCGUCGCCAAAGACCUCUCCACCUUGCGGCCGAAGAGGGCCACGUGGCGGUCCUCGAGCAGCUCUUGGCCGCGAAAGCCACGGUGGAAGCAGAGGAUGGGGAUGGCCAAAGACCUCUCCACUAUGCGGCCGAACGGGGCCACAUGGCGGUCCUCGAGCGGCUCUUGGCCGCGAAAGCCACGGUGGAAGCAGAGGAUGGGGAUGGCGAGACCCCAUUUGACGUGGCCAAGGAGAGGGGCAAGGAGAAGGUGAUGGGUGUGCUGCGUCCUGCGCGAGUGGUGCUGAUGGGUCGGAAGGGUGUGUCUUGUGAUCCUCGACCCGAUCGGACAGUCAGGGACCUCCGCGAAGAAGUGCAGAAGGAGUUGAAGCUUAAGGACACAGAGACCUUAGAGCUGAUCGCUGAUGGUAUCACUUUGCAAGAUGAGCAGACUCUCGGCGAAGCCAAUGUGAGCUAUGGUGGCUCCAUAACUGCGGUGAUCGCAGCUGGCGAGGCAAUGCUGGACGAUUCUGGCGCAGGUUCUGGUCAUCAGCCCCAGAUCUUGGGCAGUGGUGGGUCCAGCCAGGACACAGAGACAGUUCUGAAGAAGGUGGAAGAGGAACUCCUUUCCAGCAUUGGACCAGAUGGGCUCCUGACACGGCAGAGAUGUGUCACCAUUUUGACGACGGUUGGCUUCACGCCGCAAGAAGCCAACACUUUGCUCGAGGACUACGCCUCAGAGCGCGAGGAGAUCAGUGUACGAGGUCUUUAUGAUCUCCUCCGCGCCAAGACUGCAACCCCUGAGGCAGCAUCUCCAAGGCAUGAGGCUCCCAGCAGCCAACCCAGUGAGCUGGGAGCUGGCUAUGCACGUGGAAGCGCAGAGGUCUUAUCUCGGGAUCUCGCAGCUCAGCCAGUGCUCGCCAUAGUCAACUUUGAAUGA